UGGCAAGUGGCAACAUGAAUAGAAUUACAACAUCCCCAACACCAACAGGUCAGAAAGUCGGUUUACAAUAUACGAUUUGAAUUCACGGCGGCGGAGCUGCACUCGCAGGAGAGGGACAACCGUCGCGAUGUCUACCACAUUUCAUUUCGCCAAUCUAACUUGUCUCCCUCUCAAAUCUUCCUUCUCUCGCCAAUUUCCCUGUUUCCCGUCCCAUCGACGAGCUCUUCUGGCGUCCACCGCCACCGUCUCCUUCAAUGGCUACGGCAGCGGAAGACACCGACCCCUCACGGUCCGUGCCAUGUCUGCUCCAUCAUCUCCUUCUUCCUUCGGGGCCAGGCUCGAAGAGACGGUGAAAAAGACCGUGGCCGAGAACCCUGUUGUUGUUUAUUCCAAGACUUGGUGCUCGUACUCCUCUGAGGUGAAGGCGUUGUUCAAGAAGCUUGGAGUGGAACCCUUGGUUAUCGAAUUGGAUGAAUUAGGUGCCCAAGGACCACAAUUGCAGAAGAUUCUGGAAAGGCUUACUGGCCAACACACUGUUCCAAAUGUGUUUAUUGGAGGCAAACACAUUGGUGGUUGCACAGAUACUGUGAAGCUUCAUAGGAAAGGUGAACUUGAGUCUUUGGUCGAAACAGCCACCAAGAAAGGCAGCCAGAGUUAGCCAACUUUAUCGCCCUUCUGCAGUUGUGAGGACACACGAACACUUUCAAGUCCUGGAUUCCUAGGCGGGAUCUGCAGCACUUUUAUGCAUGAACCAUAAUUUCAUUUCCAUUGUAGAUUUAUUUCUAGUCCUCAUAUGGGAUUUUUGCCGAUAUUAUUCUAUGUAUGUAUUUUCAGUUCAUUCGUCUUGUUUAUUAUGUUGGUGGAUUUAACUAUUCCAUGCACACAUACUGGCAACGGCAAACAAGGAGUGUUUCCAGGAUAUGUCCUUGUAAUUGUACGAUGUUAACUUAUAUUAUGACUGGUGAAUAAACUUAUGCCACCUAAAGCUGUGAUAAUAAAUUGGAUUGAUGAAAGGACCGCUGGUUUCAUG